CGCUCCAAAUUGUGUUUUGUUUGAUGGCUGUCUUGCCUCUGACCACCCCACAGAGCACCACCGAACCUCCAGUCCUCCUCUUCCUCCCCAGCACUCCCAGUGCAACUUAAUGAAGACGGCUGGUAUCAUUGACUCUCUAGCAUAUGCAACAUCAAGCCAAGCUGCUCCAUCUUUGUCUCUUUCUAGAGAGCUCUGCAGUGCAUCUUGCCUUGCCAUACUCGUUCCGGCUCCUCCGUCGGCUUCCCCACAACUUCUCUCCAGCCUCUCGCCGUCCUCCACUUCCAGCGUGUCUCUGCAACACCAGCAUCCCUCCACCAGCUCGUCUCUUCCUCCCUCCUCCCUCCUUCUCAAUCUCUCUUUUUUCUUCCUCUCUCCCUUUUCCCUCCUCUCUCUCUGCUUGAAAGCUUCUGUGCUACUGUACCGCAUGGUGAUCUCCAGCUUUUACACCCCCCAGCCUCUCCAGCGCUCUUCACCCAGGGACGCUGUAGGAGAAAGUCCGUCUCAGACUUGCCUUCACUCAGAGCAGAGCUGCUGAACGGGAGCCACCCGGAAUGAGAGACGAAGGAAAGCAAAGCAAAGGGAGAGAGUGUGCUCAGACUGAGAGGAGGCAGGGAACAGAGGGAUAGUUAACAUCGAGCAAACACGUUGAAAAAGGACCCAGAAAGAGCUGAGCACUCAGAAAAGGGUGGCAAGUUGCACAAGAAGAGGAAUAAGAAGCAGAAGAAGGAAGAGAAGUGAAGAGAAGUGAAAGAAAGAAUAAAAAGCGGAGGGGAGGUACAGUAACUACGCAUCGCAGCACUUUCUCUCUGCUUGUUGCCUCUCUCUUAUUCCUUCUCUCUCUUUCCUUCCCCCUACGGCGAAGAGGCUGAGGAAGACUUCUUUGAAUGGUUCAGGUGGAAGAGAAGCAAAGUCAGAGCCUUGGCGGCCGCUCUGAGAGGCAGAGUCAUGCUUCAGAAGAGUCAGCAGGACAGCAAGACCGACUGCCUUUAGGGGCAGAGGGACCCAAAUUAAAAAAAAGGACUUUAUACUUACAAAACCACAAACACAGGGGCAAUUAAGUGGUCGUCCGAUAACACUUAGCAGUCAGUGCUGACAGAAACAAAAAGCCUUUUCAAAAAAACUUUACAGACAAAACCAAAAACGAAGUCAAGCGAUUGGAGAAGAGGAAGAAGAAGACCAGAGCAGAACAGGACAGACGUACUGAAAACACAUCAACAAAAAAGACAGGCGGACAAAGAGGAAGAGCUCUGGCCUCUCCAGUGUCCUUGCAUAGCCCUGUCUUCCACCCCCUGCUCUCCCAUCCCCUCUCAGCCGAGAUGAUGAUGUAUUUCUGGGGUAACCAAGAGGCCCCAGCUCCCCCUGAAGCCAUGGCUCAACCUUUUCCACCAGCCCAGUACCCACCUCCACCACAGAAUGGGAUCCCCACUGAGUACACCACGCCCCACACCCACCCCCCGCCCGACUACACGGGACCAAGCACAGUGGGCGAGCACACCCUGACGCUGUACACGCCGACACACACACAGAGCGAGCAGUCAGGAAACGACAGCAGCACCCCAGCCCUCACAGCCAACACAGUAACGCAGGCAGAGGAGGUUGCACAGACGGAGGGCUCCCAGCAGCUCCAUAUGCAGCCCAGCGAUUCAUCAGAGAAGCAGCAGCCCAAGAGGUUACAUGUCUCCAACAUCCCUUUUCGUUUCCGGGACCCUGACCUCCGGCAAAUGUUCGGGCAAUUUGGCAAGAUUUUAGACGUGGAGAUUAUUUUUAAUGAGCGAGGCUCCAAGGGCUUUGGGUUUGUAACAUUUGAAACAAGUGCAGAUGCUGACCGUGCGCGGGAGAAACUAAAUGGUACAAUCGUAGAGGGACGCAAAAUAGAGGUCAACAACGCCACAGCCAGAGUAAUGACCAACAAAAAGGUGGCAAAUCCGUACACAAACAGCUGGAAGCUGAAUCCAGUGGUUGGAGCAGUAUAUGGUCCUGAAUUUUAUGCAGUGGCAGGCUUUCCAUACGCCAGUACUGGAGCAGCUGUUGCCUAUAGAGGGGCCCAUUUGAGAGGGAGGGGCCGCGCCGUCUACAACACGUUCCGUGCUGCUCCUCCUCCUCCACCUAUCCCUGCCUACGGAGCCGUGGUCUAUCAGGAUGGCUUUUAUGGGGCAGAAAUAUAUGGGGGCUAUGCAGCCUACAGAUACGCCCAGCCAGCUGGUACUGCUGCAGCAGCUUACAGCGACAGUUAUGGCAGAGUCUAUGCAACAGCAGACCCCUAUCACCAUACGAUUGGUCCUGCCGCCACAUACAGUGUGGGCACUAUGGCUAGCCUUUACAGAGGAGGGUGCAGUCGCUUCUCUCCCUACUAGAAAAGAGGGAUACUCGCCCCCUUCCCUUCCCCGCAAAACAGGCAAAAAAAUGCAACAAAUGAAAUCACUAAACAGUCUUCAUCCACUUCAUGGAAAAUGAGAAACAAAAAGCUUCCAGGUGGCAAAUGUGACCAUGAAACGCAGAAAUCAUUCUCAAGUUGCUUUCCCAUUCACAGAGUUAUCAUUUAUUGAUGUAAUGCACAUAUUUUGGAAAAGAACACUUUGUUACAAUGUGUUGUCUUAAAUAUAUUUGCAUUGAAAUGGCUUUAGUGGAAAAGGAGAAUGGUAGUCAAUGUGAACAACAUGGGAUAGAAUUUAAAGGAAACUUUUUGUCUCCUUUCUUACUCUUGUCCUCUUUAAGUUACUGGUCAGCAACUCAGCUCCUUUGGAGUGGCCAUUUGCACUAGAUUCCACCUCAUUUCCCUUUUUUAAUUUUUUUUUUUAUUUAGUGUUUUCUCUAUAUACACUGAAAUCACUAAUCCUAAACCCUUCUAGCUUAAGCAGUACAUUUCAGAUUGGAUUUAUCAAGUUAAUUGUGCAACUAUUCCAACCCAUUAGAGAGGUGGCUCCAUUUAAGAGAGCUGGUAACUGGAGCUGAGUUUCAUACUAACUUAAAUGGACUCAGAGCCAUUCAGCCUAAAAGAGGUGAUUCUGCAUCAAAAUGGCGACCAGGAAAUGAUGCAUUAUGUGACCCAGAAGGUGAGUGGAAGAGUGUGAUGUAUUACUGAAUCUGAAUGCACCAGGAAGUGAUGUUAUAGCAGGGUGUGAAGCGAGAGCGAUUGCAGACAUUGCAAAAUGGGCAGCAGUGUGUUAGAACCUAUUGAUCAUUGGCACAGUGCCAGAGGCAGGAGGUAUCCCAUUACUGCUGAAUGACUUUAAAGGAAAAAACCUUAUUUCCACAACAGAUCCUCACAUGGUUCAUGUCUCCUCACAUCCUGUACAUAAAAGCAAACAUCACACAUUUUCUCUUUUCACAUGCAGGAAUACUGGCAUGGAUUUUUAACAGUGGAAAAUGAUUUAUGAUCGAUUUAUGAAAAUGAUCUUUUAAUACUUUUAUGUAUUUAUGUUAAAGCUGCAUGACCACUGUGGGGUAGAAAAACAUAAUUAACAGUGUACAUACUGUGAAACUAUUGAUAUUCAGUAUGUUGCUUUAAAAUGGACUUUGGCUUAUGUGGGGAUCCAUAUUUGCUUGUCUUUGCUGACACUUGCAUACUUUUUAGUCCAAAGAAAAAGCUGACAUUCCCAAUUGCAAAUAUUAGUUGGUUUUAACAUGAACAAUAUUUACAAGUGAGAAAUUGGUAAUUACGGUAAGUGUGAUAUUUCAUAAGGGCGACAUUAGCAGGCAGGCAAGCAGGUAUAGCACCUUUAUACAGCAACGUAUCACAAUCAAAGCUAAAUCCAAGCACUUUACAUGUAAUGGUAAAACAAUAAUAAUAAUAAUAAUUUAAACAAAUACAAGCUAAAAUUUGUAAAAGGUAAAAUACAAACACAGCAGGAUGAAAUACAAUUAAUUAAAUAAAUUAAAAGCAUUACAGGCAAGUUGAAGUGAAAAAGACUAAAACAGGUACCUUAUGAAAUAAAACUGGUUGAUUAAAAGAUGUAGAAAAACAACAAGUGGAGAAACAUCAUUAGCGUCAUCAGAACUGUUAGUGGUGACGUGGGCAGGUCUGGAACCAAGGUUGGCCUCCAGCACCUGAAGAGAAAUAACUGAAUCUUUAGCUGCUCCAUGUUCCACCUUCCAGGACUCUGAAAAACUAAAGCUGGCUAUAAAACUAUAGAUUUAAAGGUAUUUUUUUGGAACGUUUGGCCCUUCUCAGCUCAUGUUUCCCUACCUGAGCAUGAAGAGGAUGAAAAGUUUUUUGUUCCAGUUUCUCUUUUUAGUUUCAAGUUUCUCAGAGUCAUUUCAUUAAAACUGUACAGCCAUCUGAAGGCAGCAAAACUCCCGUAGCACUGCAUCAGAACACAGCACCAUCAUGUACAACCAUCUACUGUUUAGUAAAUCAUGUGCAGAUUAUACCAGACUAAGUAACCCAUUUUUAACACGGCACAUAUCAGAUGACUCUCUUAUGACAGAUUUCUGUUGUUCGUGUGGCAUCGGUGCCUCCUUUCUAACAUUAUUUUCACAAAGUGUUUUUUUGUUUGUUUGUUUUGUUCUUUAAAUGCAUUUUGGCAGAAAUACUUUCAUGUGGCCAUUUAUGACAUGAGGUAAGGAAGAAAUAAAAAUUAAAUAGUGGUUGAAUCAUUGUGUUUUAUUAGUUAUUAUUUAUUAACUGUAAUCAAAGUGUGUUCCGAUCAUGUUUGUCUUCACUUUUUAGAUGAUAAUAUAGAUUCCACGAGACUAUUUGUGUUUAUUGAGCUGCUGUUCUCAUGCAUCGCUGUGAUUGGCACAGCUGUUUCGGAGUAAUGAGACCAGUGAUGCGACUGGCUAAGAGUGAAUUUACAAUCACCAUGUCUUCCGAUUUAAAUCCCACUUCUGCAAAGCCUUUUUUACUUUGUGUUGCCUCACCUAAAUGAAUUAAAAUAGUCGAUGACAUCUCGCUGUGUCAUGCAUGGAACACGAGCAUGGUGUUUCUUUUUAUCAGUUAAAUUCUUAAAUCCAUAAAGUCUCUAAAUAAUAUUAGUCCCAUGGGAAAAUGGUGUGAGUCGAAAAAUUGAGAAAACGAAACACCAGCUCAUCAAAACACUGCUCUAUUGCCCAACUACUGACCAGAAACUCCACGUCCUACAGUCCACCACAUCAGCAACGCAGUCCCUAACAUGCACACGCUCUUAGCUUAGAUACCAUGCUAAAAGCAACACAUGCAGCACUCCUAAUACACCCAAGCCACACUUCUUCUCCUCUAGUCACACACAUACACAAACUCUGGCACCAGUAAAUAGCUAUCUGUGCCUGUUGUGUCUGAUGUGAUCGUAAAGAGGGGAGUCAGUAGUGCAGGAAGAAAGGGGAGUGUGAAGAAAAGCACCAACCAAGGCAAUUUACCCCACAGAUUAGAGAUAAGAGAGUUCAGUCAAUAAGCACUGAUCUCAUUUGAAGAUAUACCAGACUGACUAGGCUCACACACACACAGACACACACACACACACACACACACACACACACACACACACACACAGACACACACACACACACACACACACACACACACACACACACACACAUUCACAGUAGUUGGUCUGUUGCUGUCACUGCUGUCACUGUCUCUCCUCUUGCUGUCUUGCUGUUUCCAAUAAGGAUAAGGCUAUUGUUAUAGUAAAUAUGUAGGGAACAAAUCUCCCUCUCCCUGUCUAAUCAAACGCCUUCGUCGUUUUUCCUUACACGGACAAAAUGUGACCUGAAUCUAACACUUCAGCAGCCUCUUAAUACAAGUGCCUGUGCUAACCUGUACGGCUUCGUCAUUCAUAGUUUCCCCCCAGUGUUUACAUAUUACAGUUCACAGUGUGUUCUAUUUUCAUUUUCCCACCAAUCUUCCCUAUAUGGUAUUCUACAGAUGUCCCAGAUAUUCAUGGUGGGAACUUUAUUCUGUUUUUACCUUACCUUGCAUUAAGUUUUGCACUGUAUUGGUCCAGGCAAAUUAUAAUACAGUGCCAGUUUAAACAAACGCUCUAUAGAUGUUGCAAAAGGGGCCGAUUAUGUGGCACUUUACACUAUGCAUUUAUUGCUCAAUCCUCCUUCCAAUCAGCCAGCUGUGGCAGUUUAUAGCCCCUGGCUGUGACCACAGCUGCAGUUGCAUUGCCAGGCUGUGCUUGUUGAACCUGUGAUUGGAUUGUUGCUCAUACUACAGCGAUAGGUGAAUCGAUAGUCCUAUGGUUGUGGCUUCCAUAGUUGUACACUGAUGACUCUUUGCUGGACCUAUUAAAGGGCUUAUUUCUAUCUAGCAUAUUUCCCAAAAACAACUGUUGGGACCACUUAGGUUGUGAUAAUGUUCAAGCAAAAAAAGGACUUGUAAAAUGAUGCACAAAACAGAAUAUUUUGUUGCAAGCAGGACAAGUCUCAUACAGAUUUUCAAAUAUGUGCUAUUUUAGAUGAUUUAAAAUGCUGGCUAUUACAGGGGGUCCUCGGUUUACGACGUCAUUGACCUACAGCGUUUCGGCAUUCCGUCAGAACUGGUUACAUGGAACUAGUUGACAAGUGGAGCAGAAGAAUAUGUUGACAUGGUUAUAAAAUGACUGUUUACAUUCGCCGGUUGUACGCCACCUUGGAUUGUGCAACAUGCGCUAACGUUUUGCCCUUCAUCUUGGCUCCAAAGCCUAAGUCAGACUUUUCUGAUGCUUCGAAGAAAAAGGAAAGCCAUCUCCAUGGAAGUGAAAUUAGAUAUAAUAAAAUGCUCGGAACACAGCGAAACACUGACGAACAUUGGUCAAGUUGUAAAAACAGUGCAACAUAUUGUAGCGACCCUCUGUGAUGAAUGAGUGAGACUUUCUCUCGUUCUCUGGUCGUUUAUUGAACCUUCACACAGACUACUGUGGGCCGUAGCCAACGCCAGCAUAACUACAAAAACCUGAUAACUUAGCUCCAGAAUUAGCCGCCGUUCCCAGCUCUAUCUCACUCGACACACACACACACACACACACCGGCACGUGAUGGAGCAACAAACGCACACUACUACUGACUCUCAGCUAAUCAGAGGUGAGCGAACUAAACAUAGCAUGUUGUUCAGUGCAAAUAAAUCUCGUACUGAACAAUGAGCAUGGAAACCUCAACAUCCACAACAAUAUCAGUUUGUUACAAUAUUCUGUUGUCUUCUUGUAAAAUGAUUCAUACAUGCAUGAGAGUCGUUGGUAUUCAUGACUUUUCUGAAGAGCUGAUCAUAACGUGAUGCACAUAACGGCUUUGUUUACAUUUUCGCCGGAGUUCCGACUUAUGGCGAAAAUUGACUUACAUCACACUGUAGGAACGGAACUCUGACAAUCAAGGACACCCUGUAUAGCUAACUGUGAUGGGCACCGCUGGUAGAUCUAGACUUUUUUUGUGAACAAAGGCCUGGAAAGACAGUUUGACAGGGUGGCAUGGAGGAGCCCCUAUAUAAAAAUACAACUCUACCUUUACUGGUAAAUGGAUUCAUUACAGUUUUUAUUGUUUAAGUGUGUAUUUUAACAGCUUUCUUUAUGAUGAACAACAGUACCAACAGACCAGCAAUAAAACUACACUCAUGCAAUAAAUUUACUUUUGGUUUAAGCAUAAAUACCAAUAAAGCAAGACAUUUUGCACAUGUAUUAUCAGAUCUUCACAAGUAUCUAAUGUAAUGUUUCGUAUCACCAAUAUAUAGACAUUAUCUGAAAAACAUUUAGUUUUACUCAACAAAAUCAUAUGUUGCAUCACUGGAAAUUCUAUGGGCAGUGAAUAAAAACCUACUAUAAGGUCUUCACCUGUCUCUUCAUCACUCCCUGUUUUUAUUUUUGUAUGGAAUCGGAUUUAUGACAAAAUAAUCAAACAAAUUUCUUAAACUUAAAACUAAAAUAAAAAUUUGAGAGAGGAUAAAACUCAAGGAAGCAAGAAAAAAAAUCAUCUCACAAGUAAAAUUUGUAGCUUGCAGGUUUUACUUCUCAAAUUGUUAUAUUUGAUGUUUAAGAAGUUAAUUUUUACACAAAUCUGAUUCCAUACAUUCUCUUUUAAAGUGAAGUUGUAAACCUACAGUACAACAACAGUCCAAAGUUGUGCAUUCAAACAUACUGGUGUUUAACAGUGCCACACAGCACCUGUAUAUAUUUAUAGCACACUCAGCUCUUCAUAUGUAAGAAAAACACAUUACAACACAACAGUAUGUGUGUCCCACCAGAAAUAUUAGCCCAGCUGCUCUUUUUCUUGCAAUUAAAAAAAUGUGCAGGUGCUUUUUUUACACUACUUUUGUAUCACAAACACAUAUUAAAUGGAAAACCAUCCUUAUCCUCACAUAUAUAAUUCUGUACAGGUUGACCAGAGUGUAAUAUUGGAUUAUUUACCCCAAUGCAGCCCCAUUUCAGUUAGUCUUAGAGCGGGGAUGUCAAACUCAUCUUAGUUCAGGAGCUACAUUCAGCCCAAUUUGGUCUCAAGUGGGCCGGACCAGUAAAAUCACAGCAUAAUAACCUAUAAAUAACAACAACUCCACAUUUUCCUUUUGUUUUAGUGCGAAAAAGUACAUUCUGAAAAUGUUCACAUUUAGGGAACUAUCUUUUUACAAAACGUGGACAACCUAAAAUUUCUCAAGAAAAAUAAAUUCAAUUUUAGCAACAUUAUUCCUCAGUUUAUCAUUUACACAUUACAACUUACAGAUCACAGAGUGUCUACGAAGGAACAAAACUUUCAGUCACAGGUAUCUGGAACUGAAUGGUAUAGUAUUUUACUUUAUGAUCAAAAUGACAAAAAUCUGACAAAAAAAGACAAAAAAAGCUACAAGAACAAGACAAAGUAUUACAAAAAUCAGAUGCAAAACGACAAAAACAAUGAGACAAACGACACGAAACAAAAGAAAACGAGGCAAAAAAUUAGACAAAAGUUGCAAAGCGACAAAAAAUGGACAAACAACAAAAAUGAGACAAAAAAAUACACAGACACAAACAAGACCAAAAAGGACGAGAAACAAAACAACAAAAAAUAGACUAAUAAUGCAAGUGAGACAAAAAGGAAACACAAAACAACAAAAACGAGAAAUAAAAUGACAAAACAUGAGACAAAUGACAAAAGUUUUUUUUUAAAAAAACAACAAAAACAAGACAAAAUAUUACAAAAAUGAGACACAAAAUGGCAAAAGAACAACAAGCAAUCUAGUAUUUUACUUUAUGAUGAAAACAACUUGUCAUGGUGUCUUUUUUUUUUUUUUUUUUUAAAUUUCUAGUUUUGCAAAUUUACAAUUUGCAGUUAAUGUCUUCUCUGUAAUUUUUACACUUUGCAAAGUCAUAUCGCGGGCCGGAAUCAGACCCUCUGGGGGGUCGGUUUUGGCCCGUGGGCCACAUGUUUGACACCCCGGCCUUAGAGACCAUUCCAGCAAUCACAGCUUAGCCAUCCCAUGGUGAUACUUUGUGUUCUAUGACCUCAGCAGCAGUUGUGAAGACAGCUGUGUUAAUUAGCUGUUAUAUGAAACUGCAGUGACAUAGAUCUGUGCCUAGGAAGGCUAUUACACAACACUACAUUAUGAAACAGUCCAGAACACAAAACAUUACAAGAAAAUACUAAUUUAUUCCCAGGUACCACAAGAGUAUUGUAACAGCAUGCAAAAAUAGUUGACAAAAAAAUACCUCAUUAUGACUGUUGCGCAGCUCCAUAGUACUCUGUAGUCACUUUACAUAGUUCAUAUUUUUAUUAGGAAACCACAGAAACAGUGCCACAGAAAGGCUAGGGAAAACAUAUGCAUUAAGAAGUUAUUCAAAUGUUCAUUGCUAUGGCACAGUUAAGUAGCAGACAAAAAUGGCUUGAUUCUUCUAGCUAACGGGAAGCUAGACUAGAUGCGCACCAUAGAACAUAUUUGUGUAUUCUAUAGGAUAAACUGUACAGUCAGUGGUAAUGGGAUAUCUAUUGCUUUACAUAACCAUUAAUGUAAAUAAAAGUCUGGUGUUUUUAUUCAUCUAUGCUCUUCCAUGCACUUUACAGUUUUCAAAUGUAUGUUUGUCUUUGAUUUUGAAAGUCAUUUGCCAGUAUUUGUGAAUCAUAGAGAGAAUGUAAUAGCUUAGUAUUUAUUCAUCUGUUGUUUAGAGUGUUAUUAACAAUAGGUCCUUAUGCUACAGAAGAAAAAAUAUAAAUCUAAAGAGAAACUGAUAUGUUCAUACCUUUCUAUAGGUACAGUCAUUUCAAAGUGGAAGUUGUUGUUUUUUGCAGAAUACAGACAAGUGACAAAUUAAAGGAAAUACCCUGAACCUUUAACACCUACAGUGAGGAGAUCCAGUGGCUCUUUUUGGGUCCAUAUUUUGAAGGGAACUUAGGGGAAUCUUCCAGAUUGACAAAGUCCCUAUCUAUAGGGCAAGAAGGGUCACUGAAUGAUUUGAUGAGUAUGAAAAUGACGUCAAUCACAUGCUCUGGCCUUCACAGUCACCAGAGUUCAAACCAACAGACGGGGUUAGAAGCAAAGUGGUCUAACCCACAAAAAAUCUGAGAUGAGUUUUCUAUCAUUUGUGUAAUAUUUUAUGGUCUAGAUUUUAGUGGGAAAGUGGUCUAACCCACAACCCAAAUAUAGCAUUAUAGUGGUACUUUAAAUGUUAGAGAAUUCUUGAAAACACAAAAUUUUGAACCCGUUUUUCUAAACUACUACAGAAAGUGAGAUAGACCACUCUGCUUCCAAACCCUUCAAUUGAUCCCAGCCCUCCAGUAGAGUUCCACAGGCUUGCAGAAUCAAUGCCAAGGUGCACUGAAGCUGCUCUGUCAGCACAUGGUGUCCCAACACUGCACUCAAUUGCUUUGUGUUGUUUUUUUCUUCCUUUAGUUUGUUGUCACUCUGUAUUUUACAGUCCCUAUUAAUAAAGAUGAUAUACUCAAACAAAUUACAUGAAAUUGACAUUUUGCAGCCACUGUCAAAAUUUAAAUACAUUUAAAAAAUGAUCAAUCACAUUUGUUAAAAUCCAUAAUUAGAUUAGAUUAGAUUAGAACCUCCUUCGGGAUUGACAGGUGUAAGAUGUCUCAUUUAAACCUCUGGCAUCUAGUCUCUGGUGUCUUUGCCAUUGAAGUGUGUGGUGUGAUUCUGUCAAGGAUUAAAGAGCUCUCCAAGGCCUUCAGAAAAAAGUAUAUGGAUGUCUAUGCCAAGUAUGACAGGGGAAGUAAAAGGUUAUUUUAAAUAAAUCAUUCCACAAAUGGCGUAGACUUCAAAUGGCUGUGAAUUGUCCAGGACUGUGUCCCAGCAAAUUAACAAGACCAGACUGUUUAAUGCAAAAAGAAGUGUCCAAGAACCCCAAAAUUUCAUUAUAGGAUCUGCAGGCAGCAACUGGAGUUGAUUACAUUUAACUGCUGCAUCUUCAGUCAGAAAGAGCCUUUACAAAAAAAAUCACAUGAAAUUCCCAUUCCGACAUGGGAAUUUUAUGUGAUUUGUUGUUACCAUGCUACCACGAUGCCACAACAUAAUGGGGCACACGUGAGGCAUGGGAUACCAUGUAGAGAUCAUAUUGAAAACAUGUAACUACACGUUGUAACAUGUAGGACACGUGGAAUUUUUCCACCUGUUGUAUAAUGUUAUCUAAGAUUCAUCAUUAUAUAUUUAACAAGUCAAGUAAUGCGUGGACCAUUUCUCCAGGUGCAACAGCUCAAAGGUAGGACAGGGAAAUUAACCCGAAGCUUGCUUUCACCCAUGUGAAACCCAUACACAUACCCAUGUGAAAUUCAUAGGAUUACAUGUGAAAUCCAGGGAAAUACAUAUAGGACCAAUGUAUUUUCCCAUCUAAAACUAAUUGGAUUGCAUGUGGAACUCAUGGGAUUACAUGUGAAAUGCAUGGCAUUACAAUUAAAAUUACAUGUUAGACGGAGUCCAGUAAAGGAGUUAUUUUUUGCUGUCUUCUGAGGCCAAGAGCGUAGUUACUUUAUCCACAUCUACUGAAAUUUUUGUUGAAUAAAAAAUGUAAAAAGACAGUUUUUCUUAGUGGUUGUGUUCAAGUACAUCAUCUUUAUCAGCAGACAAUGUAUCAAAGAGGCUUAAAUGUUUAAAAAGCAAUGACUUCCACUAUGUACUUAUCUACAUGACUGUAUACAUGAGUAGCUUGGAGUCUGACAACAGCAACAUUUUAUAUGGCAAAAAAAGGCUUUAACUUGAACUGAAUGUCUUUCUGUAUGUCUGUGGUUGCAUUACUGUGUGAGGUGUGUUUUGUUAAACCAUAAGCCGACCAAUGUCUUCAGCAGUUUUUCCUAAAUGACUUCUAUGACUUCAAGCUCUCAGGCCAGACACUAUAUUUUUUCUUAAUAUUUUUUUUUGGUCUGUCUGAUGGAGCUUGGUUCAGUUGGGAAAAUGGAGAGCACAAAUUUAAAUAACUUGGUUUUGUGCCUGUAAAUUUGUCUUCUUCCUGCAUUAUUUUGUCUCAGCACUGAGAUGCAAGGUGAGCAACAUAUCCAAAAAUUCCCCUUUGAAAGACUUCAACAUGAGUUUUAAGUCACCAACAGUAUACACUGCAUCUGCUAUUCAAACCCUGCCAUUCAAAUCUUCAUUGACACAUCCAGCCAGUCUGACCUGCCUUUUUUUUUUUUUGGUGUUUGUUUGGUAGCUCUGUAACAAUGUACCACUACUUCCAAAUUUGCUCCUAAUUGAAAACAAUUUGUGAAUAAUUUGACCAUUAGAGUUUGUUUUUUAGAAGACAUGUUUAUGCAUUGGAAACAACAACCAGUGCAGCACUUAGUUUUGUCAAUACUUUUACAAAAACGCAAUAAACCAAACAGAAAAGUACCCCUUGCUUGGAAUGGAGUGGUUGGGACUCGGGCUGUCCACUAAUUGCAGAGUUGGCAGAUCGACCCCCGACCCCAAGUUGUUUCUGAGGGCAGAUGAACACCUGACCCUGGGCACCUCCACACUGGAGUGAGUGUUAGUGACGUGGUGCGUGAGAAUGGCAUUGUCAAGCACUUGGUAGAAGCUAGCUAAGGUUCAAAAGGUGCUGUAUAUGUGAUGACCAUUUCCCACAGGCUUCUUGAACAGCACUUUUGAAGCUUAACGUGUUGGCUGUGGCUAUCACUAUGCCUUACUCCACCCAACUGUAGGCUAAUCCAUGAUUUAACAAGGAAUGUGAACAUGAAUGGAGGUGAUGUUGGCCACGUAAACAUUUCUGGGCUACAGACUAUUGUCUGACAGCACCUAUCUGUCAGUCAAGGAGGCCACACCUCUCACUAUGCAUAACUUCAAGCCUUAAUACAAUUUAAACAGGUGAGUUAUAUAAAAAUUCAGUUGUUAUAAAAUUCGCUCUAGAGACCAAAACCAUUUUUUCUACCGGGCCGUAAAGUUGGCCAUUUUACCAUGGGGGUCUCUGGGGAUUGACUCACUUUUGGAGCUAGCCUCAAGUGGCCAUGUGAGGAAAUGCAAUUUUUGGCAUUUCAACACUGGCUUUAACUUCCUGUCCAAAUAGUGCCACUUGGAAGACAGUAAGACCAGGUAUUGAUUAGAUUUUGUUUUUGUUGUUUUUUUUCUGGUUACUGUGCUGUACCAUCAUUUUACUUUUAGUAUAAACUUUCACAUACAGCUUAUAUGUGCAGUGUUGGCUGCAUCUUUGAAACCCAUUCAGUGGACCUCCAGAGUCUGUUUAUCCUGUAAAUGACAAAAACUGAGCCAAUGACACAACUUUCUACUGCGUCUCCACUAGCAAAACCAUACGGACUUUCCUCUGUGGGAUUGUUCUCUGACACAGCUGAAGUUAGCACUCUCUUGAACACUUCUACUAUCAGAGCAGCCACAGGGGAACCAACUUAAAGGCCACAUAUUUUACAUAGUCGUUGUAUUCAUCCAUUCAUCACAGUAACAUUCUGAGCAGAAGCAGAGUUUAAGUUCAGAUUUAUAAGCAAGCUCCAGGGUUAUUUUCACAUCCAUCACCCAAAGAUUAUUUCUAAAUAAAAAUUUGUGCUCUCUUUUUUCUUAAGUUUACACAAUUUUUAGAGACACGUUUUAUAUGAAGAAGUGUCAAAUUCUUUGUAGUUCUUGUGCUGUGUCUGAUUUUUAUUUCAGUUUUGUUUUGUAUUUUUGUGUAUGAUCUACAGUUUGAUAAUUAAUGGUUUAUUCUGAAAUUAUUGCUAAAAUUUUCUGUCACAUUUUUAUUUAUAUUUCAGAUUUUGUAAUUCUCCAUCUGCUCACAUGCCACAAUGUGAUGCAUAUGAACUGGGCUGCAUGUUUCUGUUGGGCAUAUGAGAAUCUCCCUGUUAGCCCAGUAUUAGUGAAUGCAGCAUUGUUUUUUCUUUGUUUUACUGUCUAUUAUGCAGGCAUGCUUGUCAUAUUUAACUGUUUAUCUUCAUAUCUCAAUAUAGUUUUUCUUUAAAAAAAGACACCUGUUAGGUUUACACUUAUUUGUUCUUUUCAAAAUGUUCACACCUACACUCACUCAAGGUGAUCAGAUUCUGGUUUUUAAACAUGAGUGAUUAUACUUUCUCUUCUCUCAACUCUAGAGCUCUUGCUGAAGCAUUGUUUGUUUAAGAAUGAGAGCAGACGACUUACCUACAAAUGAACACACUUCAGCGCUGAUACAGGCAGAUGUAGAGAAGCCUGAGGGGAAUUUUGUGGAGUUACAGUGGACAGAAAAGUGGUGUGGGUGGUGACCAGCUAAAUGUUGGUUAGGGGAAGGUCAGUGGGCACAGGCUUCUCAAUUCAUUAAUUUGUGCUUGAGGUAUUUAUCCAAAAUGAAUAACACAGUAUGUUUGUCACCUUGGAUAAACUCUUGGUUUGGGGCGCUCCAUUCAGCCCCUCCUGCUCGUCCUGCCUUCCGUCCCUUCCCAUCUGAUGCUCUGAUUCUGCGGGACUCUAAAGCUGUGCCUGGGAGGAAACAAGUCCCUGAAGAAGAGACGGGAGGAUGCCAAUAUUGGCAGUGAUUGGCGACUCAGUGGAGCUGCUGGACAAGUCAUGUCUCUCUCUGAGCCUCUCAGGACGAAGUGACUACGAAGCAACGCUGAAAUUAAAGUCAGCCUUCUGUUCUGCAUUCGACUUCCUCCAAUACAGUCAGUCACACAUGCACACCUCCUUCCUUCACCUCAGCAACUCAUCUCCCAGAAUUAAAGAGGUUCUGUGGAGAACAGAGCCUCCCAGGACACUCUGCCCGCUACUGCUCUCCUCUUCUGUCUUCCCAGUGUUGGUGGAGUUUGGUGUACGUUGCUGCUCGCUCCCUCACUGGUGAAAGUUUAGGACCGUGGUGUACAGAAAACUAUCUGGACACAUUUGGUCUUGCUAAACAUCAAAGGUGCUCAAAAAAUAGUUGUAGUGAGGGUUUGACUGAAGUUAGGUUUUAAAAGGCUGAUGGGAUUGGAAGUUUUAGCUGAUGUUUUUUUGUUGAUGCAAAUAUUUGAAUGCUUUUAAUUGGCAGAAUUGCUGAAAAACAGAAAUUCAUAACUUGUGGCUGAAACACCUAUAUGAAAAUGUGUGUAAGAUAAUGAUCAAGAUAUAGAAUAUUUCUGUCAGAUAUGUUGGUCCUAGAUUUUGACUACUUAAGACACUUGAUAUCUAGCAGUGUUUUUGAAAUGAUCCAUGAAAGGUUCAAAUGAUUUGGUAAUGAUAUCUUACUUGGGUCAAGUGUUAGAAUACAAAGGUUCUAUAUGUAACUAAACUAAACAGUGUGGACUAAGUCUUCACCUCAACAAGGAGCAGGAUGUGUCUUCUAAAAAUUACAUCAACAAAUAAGUUUUUAAAGGCUGUUUUUUUUGUGUUUUUUUUUUUAAUGUAUUUUUCGGAAUUCACCGUGUCAACACUGACAUAAAGGUAGUGAGUUUUAAAAAUCUUCAGCAUCCCCUCAUAAAGCAGUCCAUGGUUUUGGCAGGUUUUUAUAAUGACAUCAUCAUAAAAACCUGCCAAAACAGUGAAGAACAUUUAACAUAUUUACAUUUAAUUUAAAAAGUAACAAUUUAACGUCAUGUUAAGGUGUUGCAGUUGCAAUUUGCUUGUAAUAAUGUGGAUUUGAGUUCACAUAUUCCGGGUUAAGGACCACCCACAGACAUCCAGUACACAAAAUUACACUAUCACUAAAUAGCAGGAUCACAGUGGUCAUUCACUGAACAUUGUCUCACUAUUGUCAAAUCAACAAACAAAUCGGCCGAAUCUCUGAGUCAAACCCUGCUGAAUACUGGUGAAGAUGGUGAAACAUUGCUUUGUUCACAUUAGAGAUGUACACAUGCUGUUGUAACUGUUUUUGAAAAUGACAAUUUGAUCUUACAACAUUGUUUUGAAGCCUCAAUUCUCCAGCAUAAAUGUGUCUUUGUUGCUCAGUGAUUAAACAUUAUUUGUUCAGUGAAUACUAAAUCUGAUCGGUAUUGAUGCCGCAGCAGUUUUGAUGUCAUUGUGAUAAAAACUACUGUACGUGGUAAAAGCAAAUUCACUGCUCCCAGUGUGGAUCUAUUGCUUAUUUACACUGACUUGCUUGUUCUCUCUUUUUUUAGUAAAUAAAAGACUAGAGGGAUGAGUACAGAUGGACACCUGCUAAAAAAAAACAAGAGAAGAACAACACGGACACAGAAGGACACUAAAAAAGAACAACCUAAACAAAAAGAGCAGAUUUGUAAAGGAGCCCUUCCAUCAAGGAUGAAAGGGAUCUGAAGGCGUGGACGGAGGAAGUUUCUGGGCCUGCUUUGUGAGGCCAGGGCCUGAACCAUUGAGUCUGUAGUCCACGGGGAGGCGAGUCUGCUGGCUCUGACCCCUGAAAAACAAGCCUUUGUUGAGUGGAAGAGACCAAUUAGAAAGGUCACUAUAAAACAUUUUAUUUUUUUAAACUUUUUUAGGUUUAUGAUUUCCAAAAAAAAAAAAGCAAACACUAAUGUAUGUAUAUACAUAUUAUAUAUUAUAUGUCUGUAAUAUAGUAAGUACGUCUUAAAAAAAAAAAGACAGAAAAACUUGGGGAAAAUCUCAUGUGUCUUUACAGUUUUAAAGAGGAAGGUGUGGUGAGGAGAUGCCAGUUUCCCCCAAGUUCUCUGAUUGUCACCCACCACACCCCACACCCUUUACCCUCUGCUGGAUGAGGUGGGGGUGAUGGGAAGGGUGCCGACUUCAUGUGUGUGUGCGUGUGUGUGUGUGUGUGUGUGUGUGUGUGUGUGUGUGUGUGUGUGUGUGUGUGUGCAUGUGUGUGUGCGUGUGUGUGUGUGUGUGUAGAGGGGAGGGAGGGGGUCCAGCAGACAUGUCACUAGUCUUCAGAUAGUAAAAAGCUUUAUGAGCCUGUCUUCCACUAAUGGACUGUAGUAGUGUAGCUGUUAUUUUUCUGGCUAGUCUUGUCAAGCAGUCUGCAUUUUGUAGAUUCUAAAAAAUAAGCGUAUGAAUAAAUAAGUAUACAUUGGUGUAUGCAAAUGAACAUAAGAAAGGCGCAAACUUCUGUGAUUAUUUGACAAGUGCACAAGCUAAGCUAAAGUCCACGGUGAGAGCCAGAAGGUCAGCAGUAGACGUGUCUGCCAGAGGCCAGUCGGCCCCUGACAUCACUACCAAACAUGUCAUUACAGUGUUGUGAUUUGAGGUGGCUGUGCUGUGUAGUAAAGUGCUUUUGUACGCUGUGUUGGGUAGGGUCGGGCAGGGGUGGGUAAAACAAGCAGUCUAGCAAACAGGAAAAUGGGAGCUAUCUGCUUCACGUGUCAUUGGAGACUCUCCCAUCCAUCCUUGAACACAGUUCUCAGCUUUCGCUACUGAGAGGAGAAUGGUGGGAGAUGGAGGUGGGGGGAGACAAGUUUCAAGUAUAAAAAAAAAAAAAAAAAGGGUCACAAGAAAACAAAGUUUUACUAAGAGUCUCUUUAAACCUUUCUAUUUAUAUGGAUCUCUACUUUAGUGACAUCCUUCUAUAUUUAAACAUUGUACUAAUAACAUGCUGUCAGGCAUGGUCGGAGAGUCAAUUGUAGCCAUUUACUAAUGUUGUAUUAAUUGUAUUACCAGUAAGAAGAAAAACAUUUAUAUAUGAAUAUAGAUAUAUCUCUUUGUGAUUUGCAACUCUUGGACAUAUGUUUGCCUUUGAUUUUCAACUUUCAUGCAGGAUUCAAUGCACUGUCGACUAACGAUGAGGUUUCUACUUGUGUGAUGUUUGUUUCUGUUGUUUUAUUUCAUUUGGUUUCCCCUCUGUUCAGCUACUGAAUGUAACUUCAAAAACUUUUUAGGUAGAUGAUGUUGUUUUAUAUAUACUUAAAAAAAAAACAUACGGUACUCUGUACAUUGUAUACACAUGUAAAUGAUACAGCGAAAUGUUUCUGAUAAUAUGCUGGACUUCCUUUUCUGCUGACCCAGACAGACUGUAAUGUCCAAACUGAAAGACGAAAGAGUAAAAAUAGGCAAAGACAAGGGAAGAAUUCAAAAAGAACACUAGUGCCCUGCAGCUAGUGGGAAGCCGGUGGGAAAAACAGAAAUGUGUAAUCAUUACAGGAUCAGUCAGAAUUUUUCUUAACCAGGCUUUCAUAUUUGAGAAGAACAAGGAGAAAGCCUCCUGUCCUGAGUGGGAGAAAGACAGAGGGAAGGGGGGAAGAUGAAAAGACAAUUUUUUGAAUUAUUGUUUUUUAUUUCAUUUUUUCCCCCAUGUCUCUUCUUUCUCUUUGUCUUUCUCCCGUGAAUCUCAGAGUUAUCAAGGUGCUGGGGGUGAGUGCUAUAUGCAGGGUUGAGGAACAUGAGGACGAAGGAAAAAAGGAGGCAUAGGAUGCAGUCCCCUCUGAGGUACAUGGAGUGGAUGAAAUAAAGGAAUCUUUCAGUAGCAUGCCAUAAUUUCAACUUCAGAUCCUGAUAAAAAAUAAAUAAAUAAAUGAAAAAAAAAACCUGCUGAAAUGUCGGUUGGAGAGCUCCCUAUCACAGGAUACUCUGACAAGUCAUUAAUAUUUUACAGCCCACUUAAAAAAAACAGAUGACCUAGUGAGCUUUCCAACAGAGAAAAAGGAUUAACUAAUCAAAUUCACCUGCAUAAAUAUUAAGAUUAAGCCUUCACAAUAUUAUAAAGACAAACCCAGUGAAUCUAAUAAUGCUUUAUUUGAGCAGCAUUUGGUCACAGUGGAGUGAUGAGACCUCCAGCAGAACUAGUCUCAGGGAGGUUGGCCAUCUGCUUCGACUAGCCGGGGAGAGGCUAAAGGGUAGCAGACAGAAAGCAACAACAAACAAGAGAACAAUAAACACCUGGCAGGCUGGUGGAAGCAGUAAAUCUGAAAUGUGCAGCUCUCGAGCCACAGACGUAGAGGAUACGACCAUGAAAGCGUGUUUACACAUUUAUGUAGAUUCACAUGCAAACUGUUACUGUGCUACCAUUUCAAUGCAUAACCUUCCUCCCAGCUCCUUAUUUAUUAGCAGUAGUAGUAGUGUGCAUAGAUGUCACAUUAGCUGUACUUACACUGAUCAGCUUGAUGUUUAAUAACUCAUUUGUUCUAUGUUCAGCAGAGGACAACUCAGAAGUGUUUUUCUUAAAGGCCACACUUAGCCUCAUUUUCUUUUGCUUCUACAUGUCAUUUUUUUAAAUCUACAUGUGCUAUGCUUGCAUUACAUGUGAAUGUAAGCGACAGUAAAAUAAUGAUCCUGCACCAAAAAGGGUAAAAGAAUGAAACCAACACAAGCUUGAGCUGAACACAGCUGUGAGCAUGACAGCUUUUAUUUACCAGUGAGACAGUUUUAUUUUUGGUAUACUGAGUUAUUUAAAUCACGUCAAUAAAUAUUUUAAUCAUCCAUUUAUGAAAAAUGUGUAUCUUUGCAAGCUGCUAAAACUGCUCACCAGCCUAUGUAGCCACAUUUGCAGUUGUAAUUCAAAUAUGUUUCCGUUAUUUUGUCCACAUCCUUUAGAGCUCAGUGUGUUCCUCCUGGGUGGAUGGCCACGUUGGUCAGAGAAAGAAUGAAAUGAGGGGGAAAAAACAGUUUACGGGGAAAAUGUUCAGUCUUCUCCUUUUCUUCCUCGUCCAGUUCAGCUUCCCAAAUGAGCAUGGACCCAGUGCUCUGGUGUUUCAGUGGAAUAGAUUUUGCUUCUGUGUGAAAGGAUCCAGUGUUGCCUCCCGUGUUGCUGCAUUCGGUUCUCUCUCAGUCAUUCAAAGUGCAUGUGCCAUAGAGGACAGGAUGGUCGGCUCACGCAGUGAAUGAGUGUCUCAAAGCUACUUCAAAGACUAAAUGAGACUGAAGGUGUGGAUGUUCCGAGUGGACGGACUUUUUCAAAAUGCCUGUACACCAACUCCUCUCAGUUAUCCACUGCUGAGCUGUUCAUCUGGGACAACACGUUUGCAAUGGGACGAGACAGCUGAGACGGACUGCAUAAGACGUGAAGACAGGAGUCAAAGUGGACUGGGACUUUACAGAAAUCAAAAACAAAAAGAAACUAAUGAAAAACAACUAACGAUGUCAAUCUUAGCAGGGAUACAGGUAUCCUCUGAUCUCUGCCGCGUUCUUCUGAUUCUGAAGUUUUUUUUGUUUCUUUUGGUUGGAAGACUUUUGUCCUGUUUACAUGUACUGUAAUGCUGUCCAUCCAUUACUGGUUGGAGAGAUUAACAAAAGGUGUGAAGCAGCUUUCAUUCUAGCUCUGGUAUGCCCUCUGGCAUAUUACUGUAACCCUGGGAAAACCCUUCCGAUUCAGCUAGCAUGUCCUCCAUUACCUGGAUUCCUCCCUGUUCUAUUCAGAAAACCCCGUCUUUAGGUAAAGGAAAAAACACACACCAUAGGAGAGCCCUGACCCUUUUCCUACAGUACAAAAAUAUAUCAAAAAUCCUUGAGCUUCCUACCAAAACCUAUGUGAUCCUUCUGCAAAUCUUACCCCAUGUCUUUGUAUUGUAUGUACCUCAGAUGCAAACCCUAACGCAGCUAUCAUUCUCUAAAACCUUUCUGGAACCAGACCACGGUGGACCCCUGUAGUGUAGCCCAGCUAGAGACCAACUACAACCCAUAAGCCAAAACCACACCUACCUCCCCUGGUAACCCGCAGACCUCCACUGUAAAGUCCACAGUAUGCUUGUUGCAGAAGCACGUUUUGGUUUGCUCAAAUGAAAGAACCCACGCCAUCCCUAACUGUGGAUUUAUUUCAUUGGUCUGAACGUAAGGUAUCGCUUAACGCCAUGACGUCUUACAACCAUUAAAUCUAUUUCAAAAAUAUCUAAAACUUGUGAAAAAUUAUAUGAUAAAUUCCUGCUUUAUGUAAAUAUUUUCAGAUAAAUUGACUUGGUACAUUAUUUGUAAUUCGCUCUGACUUAACUGUUUUGGCUUAAGAUUUCCUUUUGAGUCCACAUUGUCAUUUAACAUGGGAUAAGGCUCAGUGAGCACAAAUGUAAGUACUAUGCACCAAGAACAAAAGCUGGAAUUUUUUAAAGACUCUAUAGAUGUAUAUAACAUAACCUGUGCAAUCAGCUACUGGAGCAAAUAAAAAAAAGUGACAAGAAGCAAAUCACUCGCUGAAAAGUUUACCUUUGUUAAAUCUGGCAUGGUGUUGGGAAGUUACAGAACAAUUUCAUUCAGCUAAAUUAAACUUGCUUGGACAAUAUGUUAUGUUAACUUUAUAUGAUGUAUUCUACUGUGUCCUCCUUAUGAGUGUGUGGUUAGAAAAAAGGCCCCUUCAAAACCAUUUCGACAAGUAUUCAAAAAUCUGAACUGGGGUCAUAUGAGCAUUUUACAUUCAAAUGUUUUAGCAAUUAAAAGUGCAUUGUUAAGGCUGAAGAACUAUUGAAAAAAUAAGACUGACAUAAACUUUGGUCUCUGCUAUUGACAUAAACCUUCCAAGCCAGCCUUCUCUAAACAGGACAACAGUUUGACUCUGGGAGAACAUUCUCAAUUGCAAGCCUGCAAGAGAUUAUCUGAAAACAGAAUAUUUAUUAAUCCAGUGGUCUUUCUUGUGUUAGCGUUUAAUAAAAGAAAUGCAACCAGGCGCAUGCGUGUGGUAUGAGCAUGGAGAAUAGUGACCGAGAGCAGAAAACCGUCCUCGGCGGUGAGCAUUUCUGCUCUUUGACUGCACAGAACAGCGUCAGUGAGCAGGAAUGCAUACUUGUACAACAGCAUUUCCACUCUGCAGGCACAAAUGGGAUCCCACAAGAAACAUGCUGGAGCCUCUCCACACACUCACCACUGCUCAACACUCGCUCACUCAACCGAGUUCACUGCUGAGACUUUGCAAGCGAGAGGAGGCUGAUAAUGCCACUCCUUUGACCGGUUAUAUGAGUUCCAUUGAUUGGUCCUUACAGCUACUUGUAAUUUAGCAAACACUGAAGAACACUGACAGCUUCUUUUUUUGUUAUCCAAUAAGGUGGAGCACUGUGGGCCUGUACAGCUGGCCAAAGUAAUUAAAAGUAUCAGCUUCAAGGGAAAGUGGAAGAUUUAUUAUUUCACCAGCCAAUAUAUAGUUUUCCAGUGCUGCUAAACCACAGAGAGAUAACAGCAACUUAACAACAUGUAAUGAAUGUUAGCACUUUGAUCAUGGAGGGGUUUUCAUCAACGUCAGUCAAGAACUAAAACAUGUCAGAUGGUUCAUACAGAUGGAUCAGUGCAGAGGUAGAAAGUUACUGAGGGAAUUUACUCAAAUACGAGUUUGUACUUUGCUCUGCUGCAACUCAGAGGCAAAUAUGUACUUUUUAUGCUACAUAUAUUUGACAAGGGGCUGCACAGUGGUUAGCACAGUCACCUUGAAGCUAGAAGAUCCCGGUGUAGCCCUAUGAUAGACUGUUACCUGUCCAGGUGUCCCCUGCCUUCACCCUCAGUCAGCUGGGAUAGACUCCAGCCCUCCCAUGACCCUGAUGAGGAUUAAGCGGUGUAUAGAUAAUGGAUGGAUGGAUAUUUGAUAGCUGUAAUCACUAGGUACUUUGCAAAUUAGAUUAAUAUUACAAAUACAUUAUGAUAAAUGUUGGAAAUUGAUGUUGAAAAGUCACACAUUGAUGUCUAAUUAUUAGAUUAAGAGGACAUUUUAUUGAUCCCCACAUGGAAAUUUACAAACCCAACAAAAAAUAAAGUCACAUACAUACCUACCUAUACAGAAUGUAUGUAAAUUAUAUGAGUUCUUCUCGACUUAAAUUGUAUGCAACGUAUACAUCAAAUCAGUCGGUUAAAAAAAACACACAUCAACAGAUCAUUAAAUGCAACUUCACCUUUACCAGCUACAAUAAUGACAAACACAUUAAUGCAUACAUUAUUUUAAAACUCAGUUAUAUAGUGUCUGUUAUUUUGAAAUAGAGGAUUGAAAAAAGCACAAACUAAGUUUUGAUGCUUUUUCGUACUUACUCAAAUAAAAAUAUGAAUGCAGGGCUUUUACAUACAAUUAGUAGCCUUGCUACUCUCUGGUAAUCCUAAGAUCUAGGUUUUUCAUUCACCACUGUCAGAGGGUCAGAGACUGUAGGUGCUGUAACAAAUCAAAGGAGCAGAGUUUUCAGCAUCUGUCCCUGCCUUCAAAGUCACAAUAGUUAUCGUAAUGGCCAAGCAAGUGUUAAGCAGUGCCUAAGGACAGCUGAGCCGGUGAUCCUCAGUCUUGUGCCACGGUUGUGCAUGUAGAAAUGCUCUCAUAUGAGGUUGGUUUGCUGCUCAUAGAUCAGUAUCUGUGAGCUUGUAUCACACUCACGUGCCUGGAUUUUAUGUGCAUAGGUUUGAGAUUAAAUGCCACUUGCCCCUGUUAGUGUAGAACAUAAAUAACCACACAAUGCAAAGCUGUUGUGAAGAAAUUACAAUUUAUACAAGGCACCGUGUGCUGCUGUGCUUUUAUUUCAGCAAUUUCAACUUUUGCUACAAGUAUACUGUUGCCUUUAUGGAUCCGUCACUCCCCAAACCCCAACAGCCUCCCAGUCCUAUGCAGAUCCCCAAAGCACAAAGGUUUGAAUGAUGACUUGAGUCAAACAGAAAGAAAAAAAAUAAUUUUCCUUCCAUUCUUUUUCUAUUUUUAUGUCUGUUUUUGGUCCGUUUUAUCUGUAUGAGGCUUUAAUGCGCUUUUGUAUUCUUUAUGUAUGAAUCUUCCCAUUCUCUAUGUCAACAUCAGAACCUUGUAUUACUGUGUAUUAGAACAAGAAAGACUCUUCAUGUAUGACUGUGGCUUAACUCAACCUGUGCAAAUGAAACAAUUGUGCUUGUUUAUGUGUAUGAGUGUGUGUAUAUACAUACAUAUACAUAUAUCUAUGUAUCUAUAUCUAUAUGUAUGUAUAUAUAUAUAUACACAUAUAUAUAGAUAGAUAGAUAGAUAUAUAAAUAGAUAUAUGUAUGUAUAUUCUGCACACUCACACACAUCUUACAGCUGUUCAGCAUGUGUACCUUUGAUGUUUUAGUAUUUCUUUUUCCUGGUUUGUAUUUCUGUGCGCUCCCAGUGUGCUUCAGAGAAACACUAUUUAAUACAAUAUUGGUACAUUAUUAUCACAAUUAUUAUUACAGUUAUCACUACCAUGAUUAUUAUUAAUAAACAUUUCUUUCCUCAGUA